UGACUCUCGCCGUUUCCACGGAUCAGUCAGGGUUUGUUCAGAGUUACAUCUGCAGCUGAUAACAUCGUCAUCCGACUGGAGAGCUUUGAGAAAGGUCUCAAGACAAUGAUGGAGCUAAUGACUGCGACACCUUUCUAUCACAUAAAUACAACAGAUAUCACUGGAAAAAAUGGCUCUUUGUAUGAUGAUGAUGAGUAUGACUACAAGGAUGAACAUGCUGAGCUGCGACAGUCUCUCAACAUCAUGUCUGUCGUUAUCUACUGCCUGGCUUUCGUUCUGGGUGUGCUCGGAAAUGGAGUGGUUAUCUGGGUGACUGGGUUCAAGAUGAAGAAAACAGUGAACACAGUUUGGUUCCUCAAUCUUGCUGUGGCUGACUUCCUCUUCACAGCAUUCCUUCCUUUGAGUGUUACAUACACAGCCAUGGAUUUCCACUGGCCUUUCGGCAAGUUCAUGUGCAAACUGAACAGCACCAUAAGCUUCCUGAACAUGUUUGCCAGUGUCUACAUUCUGGUAGUGAUCAGCGUGGACAGAUGUGUGUCUGUCGUGUGGCCCGUCUGGGCCCAGAACCACCGAAGUGUACGCAAAGCAUCCUGUGUGAGUCUGGGUGUUUGGGUACUGGCUCUGAUUCUCAGCACUCCAUACUUCAUCUUCAGGGACACUGGGCCAUCAUAUAACAAUGAAGACAUCAUCAACUGCUUCAACAACUUUGCCUUUUCUGAUGACUACGAAACACCGUCUGUGAAUCAGUUGCGACAGUUUCGUCAUCAGGCCAUGACCAUCACCCGUUUCCUCCUGGGUUUUGUUGUCCCCUUCACUGUCAUUGUCUCCUGUUAUGCUGUGAUAAUCCAUCGUCUCAGGAGGAACCGCACCCUGGCCAGCCAUUCAAGUCGCCCCUUUAAGAUCAUCGCUGCCGUUAUCACCACUUUUUUCCUGUGCUGGGCUCCUUAUCACAUCAUGGCUCUAAUCGAGUUGGUGAAUCACAUGGCUAGUCCUGCAAGUGAAAUAUUAGACCAUGUCACCACUAUCGGGGUCCCUAUAGCCACCAGCCUGGCCUUUCUCAACAGUUGUCUGAAUCCACUGCUGUAUGUGUUCAUGGGCCAAGAUUUCAAGGAUAAAGUUCGUAAAUCCAUCCUGAAUGUACUGGAGACUGCUUUCCAGGAGGAGGUUUCUCGUUCAUAUACCUAUACAAACUCAAUGGUCACCAGUCGGAGCAAAGAGAAAUCAGUAUCUGAUGCUGAGGUAUAAGGCUGUCCAUGAUAUCAAUAAAUACUGUAAUUGUACAUAGCAAAUAUAAUUGUAUAUACCAAAUAGCUUUUUUUGUUUUGUUGUUUUUAAUGCAAUGGCCCCUAAGGCAAUCUCUAUAUAUUAUAUAAGUUGUGGAUGAAUUUUUGAUACAUUUGUAGGCCUAAGCAUUUUGAAAUGAUGGAAAGGUAAAAUGUUUUUAAUGCUAUACCAAGUGGCUACAUGUAUCUUAAGAAUGGCGCUUCUUUGACCCACAGCAGUGCCUAGGAUAUUGUUUGUAAUAUGCAGUUUUUUGACACAGGAAACCAGUCAUAAUUUCAAUAUAGUUAUUACAUCAGUUUAUUCAAUUUAAUUCAAUUCAAUUCAAUUCAAUUCAAUUCAAUUUAAUACUUUAUUUCCAUUUCAACAAGUUGAUUGGAAUUUGGUGCAGUGCAGCUCAAAUACAAUACAGUUCAUGCAUACACAUAUAAUUUCUUCCAAACCCAAGAAUGAUAAAAAAAAGUACACAAAUAAAAGGUAAAAGGGAAUAGGAAAAAAGAAAAAAACAGAUUAAAACGGACAGCUGUGUGGUGUGAAUAUAAAGUGCACAGUGCAUAGCAGCUUAACCAUAGUCAUAGGCAUAAAGACAUAAAGUGCACAGUGCAUAGCAGCCUAACCAUAGUCAUAGACAUUAAGACAUAAAGUGCACAGCACAUAGCAGCCUGACCAUAAACAUAGGAUUCCACGGAAUGCAGAAAAAUGCAAGAGCAAAAUAAAGUGCAUAUUACACUUUAAAUGGAGGCCCCUGAAUAGAGGGGGUCACAGGAUCAUUGAGAGUUCAGUAUAUGAAUUUCAGCAGGAUAUGCACUGUUUUUACUGGUUUUGGUACCAAUGGACCACCAUCUUCUCUCUGAUGGGAGUAAGUUAAAAAGACAAUUUGCUGGGUGAGAGGGGUCAGAGGACACUUUGGGGGCCGUGUGUUGGAUACAGGAGUAAAAGAUGGAGGACACUGAGGGGGGAUUGCAGCCAAUUAACCUGGUUGCUGUAUGCACUAUCCUCUCCAACUGUGCUCUGUCCUGUGCCGUUGUAUUCCCAUACCAAACAGUGAGAGAGAAUGUUAAACCGCUCUCCACUGCUGCCUUAUAGAAGAGCCUCAUGGCCCCUUGAGAAACCGUGAACUUCACAUUUCAUGAUUAUAGUGUCCGUAUUAAUUUUUUGAGUUUGAGAUUGUUGUGCCCAAGAAUUUAAAGUUCUCCACCCUUUCAACUACUUGCCCAUUAAUCUCCAGAGGCUUGAGCUUGUUCUCAUUUUUCUGAAAGUCUAUAACCAUCUCUUUGGUUUUACUUAUGUUUAGCUCAAGAUUGUUCUCAGAGCACCAUUUGACAAGGGCCACUCGUGUUCCACUACAUAAAAAGUCCAAUAUCUAGUGACAUAGGCCUUGGUUCACCCCUGUCAUGAGUAACUUGUCAGACAGCUUCCUGGAAAGGAUUGUGUUGAAGGCUGCACUGUAGUCCACAAACAAGACCCGGGCAUAGGUAGCAGGGCCUUCAAGAUUUUGUAGUAUGGAAUGAAGGCAUAGGGAAACAGCAUCAUCUACUGACCAAUUUGCCCUGUAAACAAACUGGUGUGGGUCUAGAUCUACGUUAGAGAGAUUUCUACAGACCAGCCUCUCAAACACCUUCAUUAUGACUGAUAUUAAUGCCUCUGGAAUGUAGUCAUUCAACCACUCACACUGGGUUUCUUAGGAACUGGUACUAUCACCGCAGACAUAAAACAAGAUGGAACUUUGCAGGCUGUGAGAGACCAGUUUAAGAUGUCUGUAAAGACAGGGUCUAAUUGGUAAGAACAGUACUUCAGGGUGGCUGAUGACACCUGGUCCAGCCCAGCAGCUUUCCUACAAUUUUGUUUAUGUAGCAGGGACCUCACCCUAUGCUCCUUGAUAAUGAAGGGUGGGUCAGUAAGAUCUGUAACUGUGGAGAUACUCUGUAGGCUAGCAGAUUUUGAGUCGAACCUGCAGUAAAAUUCAUUCAGUUGGUCUGGGAGGUUGGAAUCCUCAUCUUGAAUGAUGUGUUUUGCUUUGCGGAUAGUAAUCUGUUCUAAUCCCUGCCAAACCACUCUACUGUCAUUGCUAUUUAGCUUUUACUCCAGUUUGGCACUAUAUUCAGAUUUACUUUUCUUUACUGCUUUUUCUAGCUCAUACCUGGAUAUUUUGUACAGCUCUUUAUCUCUGGACUUAAACGUGUCAUUUUUCGUAACCCACAGAGAUUUAACAUUUUUGCUGAACCAUGGCUUAUUGUUACUGAAGACAGUCACAGAUUUUGGUUAAAUUUGUGCAAUACAGGCUACAAAAAAUAAGGUUUUGUUGACAAAGGGAACUGUGAUUUCUCAUAUAUGCUACAGAUGUUAAUUACUAUGCUCCUGCCUCUAUGUGACAGCAAAGAAACUGUAAUAAUGGCAGUUUACAAAAUAGCAUCAUGCCUAUCUUGCCAUAGCAUAUAGUGGGCUGUAAACAAACAGAUUUUAAUUAAUAGAAUCUAUAGUGUUAAAUAGUAUUGCUGAACCACUGCACCGAUAGUCUAAUUGCAAGUUAAUUUCCUCAGCAAAGUCACCAUCACACACAACCACUUAGCUUCCCCCUCACACCCAACUCAACCCAGCCACUGAUCCCAUUCCCAUUAUUUGGGGUGCAUACUAAUUGAAAGUGAAGUGGACAAUUACACUAUCUAGUUAUGCAGGUUUAGUAUAACUUAUUUUCUUCUGUGGUAAUUUUUGCAAAGUAAAUCACCAUGAAAUGUCUAUUUCUAACAGCCACAUUUGCCAUUGAUCAUUUUUGCCACUUGUCAUGUGAACUGAAUUUUGACUGCUGCAUAUGUACUGCAUACUUUGUUAAACAGUUGAAUUGAAAACAGUUAAAUUGUUAUUCAGCAUAAUAACAGGAUAAUGUACAUGUAAUAAAUACAUAUUAUAGUUAGUAUGUAGUUAUUAUCCUUAAAGUAACAGUUGCAUGGCAUACUAAGCUUAGUUCGAUCUUUUCAUCCUUGUUUGUUUGGUUUUUUGGGGGGGUGGGGAGUGGUAUGUCUUUUACCCCCACCCUCAGUACAUGCAUUUUCUGCCAUAAUCUGAGUAAUGUAAUUAUUUUCAUAAUUGGUUUAUCAAAUGCUUUUUGUUUUUCCUUGAUUCAUCAAUUAUUUGUUUAGUCUAUAAAAACGUGUGGAAAUUAUGGUGGCCCAGAGGUGCAAAACACAUUACUGUAACAAAUCAGAAAACAAAACAACAAAAUUUAAGAAAAUUGAACAUUUCAGAGAACACAUUUACAAAACUGAAAACACAACAACAUUGUUUUAGACUGGACAGAAGCCAAGUCAAUUCAGUUUCAGUUCUUAAAAAAUCAAGGUCUCUCUUGACAGAAGGACAAUGUCAUUUGCUGUUUCCUGAAACUUGCUUCAUAAUUCUGCAGUGUCAAAGCACAAAUCGUAUGAAUAGGUUGAAAAAAUGGAAGAAGAGAUUGAAUGAGUGUUCAUAUAAAAUAGUAAAAUAUAUAAAAUGUCCCUUCGCACUCAGAAAACACACUUAAAAGUAGUAGAAAUGACAAGAUGGAGACAAGACUACGGUAUUUAGUUCUGCAUAGUAACUAAUGACCAAACCUUGAUUUUCUGUCCAAUAAAACAACAUUUCUGUUUUGUAAAA